AUGGCUUCGUGUGUGUAUUUCUGUGAUUUAAGAGGCAAGUGUAUUUUGUCACGUCGAUAUAGAGAUGACAUUCCUAGCUCUGCAAUCGAAAAGUUCCCAACUUUGUUAGUUGAUGCUGAGCAAGAAUCUGCGGUUGUUCCGCCGUGUUUGAGCCAUAAUGGAGUCUACUACUCAUUUAUACAACACAAUGACAUCUAUUUGGUUUCUAUGACGAGAUCUAUGAGCAUUAAUGUCGCACAAAGUCUUGCGUUUCUGUACAGACUUGUAGAAGUGCUGACGGAAUAUGUGAAAACAGUGGAGGAAGAAUCGAUUCGUGACAAUUUCGUGAUUAUUUAUGAGCUUUUGGAUGAAAUGAUGGAUUAUGGGAUUCCGCAAAUCACAGAAACCAAGAUGCUGAAACAGUACAUCACGCAGAAGUCUUUCAAGUUGAUCAAAUCCGCCAAGAAGUCUAAAAACGUCGUAAGACCGCCCUCACAACUCACUCAAUCCGUCAGUUGGAGACCCGAAGGCAUUGUAUACAAGAGGAACGAAGCCUUUUUGGAUGUCGUCGAAUCUAUUAAUAUGCUCAUUUCUGCACAGGGUCAGGUUCUGAGAUCCGAAAUUUUGGGCAAAGUCAAAGUCAAAUCUCGUUUGUCAGGUAUGCCCGAUCUAAAACUUGGCCUCAACGACAAGGGAAUUUUCACCAGCGGUACGGAUUUGGCGGAUGGCACUGCACCACCGACCACCAAGAAAUCUAAUAUCGAAUUGGAAGAUCUCAAGUUUCAUCAAUGCGUAAGACUCAGCAAAUUCGAAAAUGAGAAAAUCAUUACUUUCAUUCCACCCGAUGGCGAUUUCGAGUUAAUGAACUACCGGCUCACAACACCUAUCAAGCCACUUAUAUGGUGUGAUGUUAAGAUACAAGUUCAUUCACGUUCCCGAAUCGAAAUUCACUGUCGUGCAGCGGCUCAAAUCAAGAAGAAAUCGACUGCUAAUAACGUCGAGAUCACAAUCCCAGUUCCAGAGGAUGUCGAUUCACCCAAAUUCAGAUAUUUCCAUGGUUCGGUCAAAUACCUUCCCGAAAAAAAUGCAAUUGUAUGGAAAAUCAAAACUUUCCCCGGUGGUAAAGAAUAUUCUAUGGCUGCCCAAAUGGGACUACCAUCUGUCACAGAUGUUGAUACUCCAAAGUCAAAACGGCCCGUACAGGUCAAAUUUCAAAUUCCCUAUUUCACCACUUCUGGCAUACAAGUACGGUAUUUGAAAGUUAACGAACCCAAACUGCAAUACCAGAGUUAUCCUUGGGUCCGUUACAUAACCCAGAGUGGGGAUGACUAUACAAUAAGAACCACUUAA